AUGAUGAUUGAUGAUAUUAACGAUAUUAUCGUCGUUUCCGAUAUGUUCGAAUCGUGCGCAGCAGUAUUCGUCUCGCUUUCUUCGCGGCGUCAAUUUCUCGGCGAAGACGAAAGCGCAAUGAAAGUGAUGCUUUCUGUAGGAUUGGAUGCUUUCUGUACGGCUCUGACGAAGGCGAUAACGAAACGAAAAGCCGAAACGUUAGCUGUUGUUUAA